AUGUACCAACUGCUGCUCAUUGUCCUACUUGCAGCCAGUGCUUCUGGUUGCGGACAGAGUAGCUACCCUCCAUAUUCCUUAAAGGUGGUUAAUGGAAUUGAUGCAAGGCCAUAUAGCUGGCCGUGGCAGGUUUCUUUGCAAGUUGGAAAUGGCUAUAGAUUUUCUCACACUUGUGGUGGGACGCUAAUUUCCUCAAAUUGGGUUAUGACAGCAGGCCAUUGUAUCUCCUCUGGACGGGACUACCGUGUGGUACUGGGAGAGUACGACAGGAAUGUCGAUGAGGGCGGAGAGCAGAUCAUAAGCCCCAGUGGUAUCUUUGUUCAUCCAAAGUGGAAUAUGAACUGUGUGGCCUGUGGGAACGAUAUCGCUUUAAUCAGGCUCUCAGAGCAUGCGGUCUUGAAUGACAAAGUUCAGGUUGCUUGUAUUCCACCUUUUGGCUAUAUUCUUCCCAAUAACUUUUAUUGCUACAUUACUGGAUGGGGCCGACUCUACACGAAUGGACCGCUUCCAGGAAAGCUACAGCAAGCUUAUAUACCAGUCAUUGACUACGACCACUGCAGUGCAAAGGAUUGGUGGGGUAGCAUUGUGAAAAAAACCAUGGUUUGUGCUGGAGGUGGUGAAAAGUCCGGAUGCAAUGGAGACUCGGGUGGACCUUUGAACUGCAAGGGUUCUGACGGUCUUUGGUAUGUCCAUGGUGUAACCAGCUUUGUGUCAGCCAUCGGGUGUAACACCAUAAGGAAACCCACAGUCUGGACUCGGGUAUCUGCCUUUAAUUACUGGAUUGCUGAGGUAAAUGGUGUUUCAAAGCAGAAAGGAAUAUUAAUAAGUGUCUUACACUCCUACACGUCCUUCGAGAGCCCUGAUUCCCGGUUCUGCUCGGUUCUUCACAUCCAGGGCUCUGACUCCUACUGGUCAUUUGCUCUUGGAUCAGUGACCACUGCGAGUCCCACACCUUUAAAGCCCCGAUUCUCCAAUGGGUGCUUCUGCCAAACUCUGGACUUGUGUAAAAUCUAG